AAAGAGAGGCAGAGAGAGGGGGCCUCAACACGUACCAGGAGUUUGGUGGAAAGAGUUCCUCUGCUCUUUCUCUAUCACAAUUUCCUCGUCCCUUCCUCGCUCUCAUUUCACCUAUCUUCCAUCUUUCUAGGGUUUUUUUUCCUCUUCUAUUUAUUAUCUUCAGGUCGUCAAGUUAAUUAAAAUUACACAAUCACCCCUCUGCUUAGUUUUACUUUGUCAUCGAUACUGCAUAACACAUAUUGUAAAAAGCUUUCGAUCGAAGAUUUUAAUGGCUUCUGAUUCGUGGAGCUCUCGCUUAUCGACUUCUUCAAGACGCUACUUUCCUCGAUCUGAUCUGUACGAGGAAAACGAUGUAGACGAGGAUUUGAAAGCCGAAUUUUUGUGUCCGUUUUGCGCUGAGGAUUUCGACGUUGUUGGACUCUGUUGUCACAUCGACGAGGAGCAUCCUGUUGAAGCCAAAAAUGGGGUGUGCCCAGUCUGUGCUAAACGGGUGGGAAUGGAUAUUGUUGGCCACAUUACUAUGCAACAUGGCAACUUCUUCAAGGUGCAGCGGAAAAGGAGAUUGCGUAAGGGAGGAUCUAACUCUGCAUUUUCACUAUUGAGAAAAGAGCUGCGAGAAGGAAGUUUACAAUCGCUUCUUGGUGGAUCUUCGUGCUUUGUUUCUUCCUCCAACAUAGAACCAGAUCCAUUGCUUUCGUCAUUUAUACUUAAUCCACCUUCUCUGGAUGAACCUCUGAACAUACAGCCUGUUUCUUCAGCUGAAGUAGGCUCAGUAAAGGGGAGCACCAAUGAGGAGUUCCGGGAAAGAAAAGUGCAACAGUCUCUGCUGUCAGACGAAGACCAGGAGGAGAAAUCUCAGAGGUGCAGGUUUGUGCAGGGUCUGCUGCUGUCCACCAUUCUUGAAGAUGAGUUAUGAGAGUAGGGGGUAAAUGUAAUGGGACUUGUUAAUAUAAAUGGGCUGAGGACUGGGAGCAAAGUGAAGGGGAAAGAUGUUGCAUUUAUAACAUGGUUAGUAGAUAGGUCAGAAUGAACUUUGUAUUAUCGCUUGUAUUUAUAGCUUAUGCGCAUAAUGAAAAGAUGGAAGAACUUGUUUAA